AUGGAUAUCCCGCUCAAAUCGCUGCCCAGAGUAUCCAUCUCUACGCUAGACCACGCUUUCCCUAAAGAAACCCAUGAAGAUGUGCCAGAAUCAAGACGCUCCAGGCGUGACACUCACCUCGGCCAGGAGCUGGGGCUGCUGCCCAAUUCGUCUUCCAGAAACGUCCAGGCUCAGAUGUUUACACUGAAACUGCCUCAAUUGGCUGAUACUGAGGGCGACAAACACGAGAGAAACUAUAGGUUGGCCAGAACGUACUCGGAAACGGAAUUUAACAAUUUUGAUAGUGAAACCGGCCAUAGAUUGUAUGACGAUGGUAUCUUCCGUCUGAGACCGUCCAAAGCGGGCUCUCCCCAGCGGCAUGACGGAAGUGCUCCGAAAUUAUACUCUCGGUCUUACGAACAGAAUGUGGAUACUGAUCUGGGCUCUCUUGGUGGCCUUGAAGAUGAAUACAUCCCCGGUUUGGACUUUGCCGAUGUGGUGAGGUCCUGGAAUCCUACAACCAGAGAUAGCUCUGCCCAGGCGUCUCGUGAGCAUUCGUAUUUGGACUUGAGGAAGUUGCACGCCCAGGUGGCGCCGCAACCGAUCCAGUUCAGAAACCCUCUGGCGCUUGGGAAGCACCAAGAUGAUGAUUCCAUUGCUAAACCUCCUAAAAAACACAAAAGCUCGCCUAGUCCCACUUCAGGGAUCUCCCAGGACUCCAUCAAAGAAGAGCCUCACGAAAUCAACUACGAAUCCAUCCUUGCAUCUUUGCCUAACAACUUUACUGAACUUCCUUACUCCCAGAGGAAGAAGGUGGUGAAACUGUUUUCCGAAUCUAUAGACUACUCCCAGUUUCUGCUUUACGUUAAGAAUCAACUCGGCGGCGAACGCUCUUGUCUGACCCUGAGCAGGACUCACCGUUCUUACGGUACUCCUGUUAUUGGUUCUAGCGGAGGCAGUCUUCGGAGAUCAAGGCGAAACAGUACCACCAACAAUAACACCGUCGCUGGACGCUUGUUGGCCCUUUCGCUGUCUGCAGAUUUACGUAAACUCGACAAACCACCUAAAGUUAAUGUGGACGAGAAAGGCGCAAUGGUGUUGGGCUACGAAUUGGGUAGAGUCAUUGGUUUUGGUGCCUGGGGCACGAUCCGUGAAUGUUUCUCCAAAGACGGCGAAGUCAAGGCCAUCAAGACCGUCAAGUCCAUUCGCGAGUACGAUAAUGGUAACAAUUCUCCUAAAAGCAAAGGCAAGCCUGUUCACAACCCCAAAGUUCUUCUGGUGUUCAGAAAAGAGAUCGAGAUUUGGCGCCAGCUACAACAUCCUUCCUUAUUGCCACUUCUUGACCAUACAGAAACCGAAGAUACCAUCUUUUGUCUUACUAAUCGGAUUUCGGGAGGCACUCUUUUUGAGGUUGUCUCUCGCUGGGGCGUUUUUAACGACGGCAUUUCCAAUACCUCCGGCCCUACGUCUUUUGAUGCUGCGCAGUUCAUUAGACAGAUUGUGGAAGCAUUACUCUACAUGCACCAGGAAUUGGGUAUCGUUCACGGCGACUUGAAAUUAGAGAAUGUUCUCGUGGACGACCUGGACACCGAUAAUGUCCAUGUGGUGCUCUGUGACUUUGGUAUGUCUAGAGUCUUUGCCCCAAGACUCAGCAGAAAACUGUCAAGACGCGAUGUCGACGAUAGCACCUCGAUGCUUAGAUCCAAGAGCUCUGCUACACAAAUCAGGAAACCUUUCCAUGGAGGUGAUUCGCCAAGCUUGAAGAAUCUCUUCUCUGACGACAGCAAAAUCGGCAUUCUGCACUUCCAUAGAUCCCACGGUCCAUCACUCCAGUCUCUUGACUUGACUCCUACUAAUUCUAAAACAUCAUUGGCUGACUUCCACGAGUUCAAGGUCAGAGACCAGCACAUAAUGUCGAAUAUUGAGUCAGAAUUACCUCAUUCUCAUAUUGGCCUGUUGCCAUACGCUUCGCCUGAAUUGCUUGAGCCUCAGCCUCCACCAUUGGGCCCCUCUGCUGAUAUAUGGGCAUUGGGUGUUGUUUUAUUCACCAUGGUGGUUGGUAAGCUUCCAUUCCAGCAUCCCUUCGAGCCACGUUUGCGUGCCAUCAUUAGUGCCGGCAAAUUCGAUAAGAAGGAGCUCAAGCAAGCUUGCCUCAUGGCCUGGAUUUAUGACGACGACGAAGAAGGUGUCAAGAAUAAUUCGUUUGUUGACGCUGCUCGUCAAAAAGAGAUUGCCGAAAUCAAGCAAGUCUGGGAACAAAACGAUAGAGAUGAGUUUGAGUGGGUCUACAAUAUGGUUGAAGGAUGUCUUGAACGUGAUAUCACCAAGAGAUGGGAUCUCUUUAUGAUGUUUGAGGAGCUUAAGGUGCACGAGAACCAGCUCGAACAGGCCCAGGUGUAG